AUGCUUGGCCAGUUCACCAGAAAAGAACAGAUGGAACAGCCACCUGGAUCACGUAACAGUCGAGCAGGACAGAUAGCAUCAGCGGCAAUACGCUCGAAGAUGUCGCUGUCGAAAGAGUUCAUGAUGGAUACCUAUUUACGGAAGAUACGCCGCGAUACGCGAGCCAGAUACAACCAACGCGACAGAAAAUAUCUAGUCUAG